ACGAUCAUACGACGUCGUGAAGCACGAACGAGGGUUUAUCUGGGGUUGAAUAUUUUGGUUUCGGUUUUGAAGAGAAGAAUCGUCGGAAUCAGGAUGAAGCCGGUGGUGGGCAUGGUGGUUUCGAACAAAAUGCAGAAGUCGGUGGUGGUGGCAGUGGACCGCCUCUUCCACCACAAGCUCUACAACCGUUAUGUCAAGCGCACCUCCAAGUUUAUGGCUCACGACGAGCGUAAUGAGUGUAAUAUCGGCGAUCGCGUAAGGUUGGAUCCUUCGCGGCCGCUGAGCAAGCGCAAGCACUGGGUUGUCGCGGAAAUCCUUAAGAAAGCGAGGAUAUAUGUCCCACCGUCUCUCCAGAAGGAUGUUUCUCCCGCUGAUGAUUCAAGCAGCCAGGCUUCAUGAGGUGGAGGUGACUAUGCAGUUUCUCCCAAGCCAAUCCAAGCCCAAUCGCAUGGAGAUGGAUACUUAUUUCAAUUCCAAUCUAAGGAUACCUUCCCCAUGUGUAGUAGGACCGUCAUGUCUAGUAGUAAACUUUUCAAGCUUUACCUGAUGUUAUUGCCAGGGAAAGUGUAUGAGAAAUUACGAAUUUAUGGCUUAAAUGAAGCUCAGGAGAUUUUUUCUA